AUGAACGUACGACAACUAAUAGAACAGUAUCGUGGGAACAAAAAAGCUCUCUUGUUCAUUGUCUAUAUUGCUUUAUUCUUGGACAAUAUGCUUUUGACAGCCAUUGUUCCCAUAAUCCCGGAAUAUCUUAUGAAACUCAAUUUUCCUGAUGCUUCAAAAGAUAUUUUGGAUCAGGCCAAGCUUGAAGAAGCUGAUCGAUUCAAGCGUCAAACAACUUGGGAUGAUGAUAGUUGGGAUAUUCCUGCUAACAAGAUGGGACGUAAAAAGACAACUGCACUUUCAUACGUUGCAACCACUCCUCCCUGGGCUCCUGAAUCUGAACAAGACUUUGCCAUGGGACCCACUCGUUCAAGGAUCAGAAACGAGCCCGUGAGAAAUGCCACUACUCGGCCAUUGUCACUUGAUGACAAGCAUGCACUUAUUGCGAAAGAGAAUAUAUUAGUUGGAUUAAUGUUUGGAUCAAAAGCUCUUGUUCAACUGUUAGUGAAUCCGUGGGUUGGCCCUCUAACGAACCGAAUUGGAUACAGUGUGCCUAUGUUUGUAGGAUUUGUCAUUAUGUUUCUCUCUACGCUACUUUUUGCUUUUGGAGAGUCAUAUCCCAUGCUUUGGUUAGCUAGAGCUAUGCAAGGAGUUGGAUCAGCUUGUACCAGUACCUCAGGAAUGGGUAUGCUUGCUCAAGCCUAUCCAGAUGAUGCUGAAAGAGGAAGUGCUAUGGGAAUCGCCUUAGGAGGAUUGGCUUUAGGAGUACUUGUUGGUCCACCUUACGGUGGAAUACUCUACCAAUGGAGCGGAAAAGAACUACCUUUUGUUAUUCUUGCCCUAUUGGCAUUGUUUGAUGGAAGCUUACAAUUUGCUGUUUUACAACCAAAGAUUUCGAAGGGAGAACCUGAAGGAUCAACAAUUAGGCAAUUGGCUAAAGAUCCUUACAUCAUAGUUGCCGCAGGUGCAAUUACUAUCGGUAAUUUGGGUAUCGCUAUGCUUGAACCUUCUCUACCUUUAUGGAUGAUGGAAUCUUGGGGUGCAAACUCGUUUGAACGGGGAGCUGCAUUUAUCCCAGCCUCUAUUUCGUAUCUUGUUGGAACAAACAUAUUCGGUCCUUUAGCUCAUCGUAUGGGACGCUGGCUCUCGGCUUUGAUUGGUUUGGUCGUGAUAGGUUUAAGCCUGCUGUCAAUUCCAUCUGCAACCUCUGUAAGCGGUCUCAUCCUUCCACAUCUUUUCAUGGGAUUGAGCAUUGGAAUGAUUGAUGCAUCCAUGUUCCCAUUAAUGGGAUAUUUGGUUGAUAUACGUCAUGUAGGAGUUUACGGAUCAAUCUAUGCCAUCGCUGAUGCAGCAUUCUGUUUUGCAUUUGCAUUAGGACCAUUCUUCUCUGGACCUUUAGUUCGCAGUGUUGGCUUCCCCACCAUGCUUUACAUCAUUGCCGUCAUUAGUUUUGCCUAUGCUCCACUCAUGUAUCUGCUGCGUGACCCUCCAUCGAUUAAUCGCGAAGAAGAGCAAACUGUAAAUACCGGAAUGCUGAAAGCAGCUCCUGAACGUUACGAUACAAUUCCUGGCACGAAUGUCAUUCAAAUGGAAGGAUAUCAUUAUUGA